AGGAUGGGGCGGGCAAAGUGAACUGGCGCCGGGAGAUUCGAGCCUUCACCGCGGUCAAGACUGUUUUAACGCUCCGCUUAUGUACUGGAGCUGACCCGCACACGCAUAACAUCAACCACAGCUGUUUAAUGUGCAUAGUCGUAGCCAUGUGGUUGCCUUGUUUGAUGCCGCAGAUUGGGAUUAGCAGCUGUUAAUCCUUUACUUCCAUACAGAUGGAGGCCAUGGAGGUGGACUCCCCUGUGGAGCCACAGGAAAGAGGUGGAGGUGGUGAACAGCCGGUUGUUGCAGCAGCAGCAGCAGCAGCAGCAGCUGAGGACGCCAACGUGCCAUACGUCAUAUCAGACUCUGGCAGCAGCACAGAGGUGGAUGAAGAUGACGAUGAGGGAGGACAGACAGCAGCUGCUCCGCCCCGGCUUCCUGCCACCUGGGCAUUCAGUCAAAGAGCAGUGGGCGGAGCUACAGCCACACCUUCAGCAGCUCGGGGGGCACCUAUGCGAAGGAGACUCAGACAGGGUCUCAGGGUGCACUACCCAAGCCAGACUGCAGCGCCCUCCAGAGGCUUCCCAGACUUCCUGCUGCGAGUGCCUGCUGCCAACGUGGCUGAACCAGAAUCGGGCAGCACCACUGAGGUCAGUGAGUCCGACGAAGAAGAGGAGGCAGAGGGAGGUGAAGCGGGAGCACCUGCCGCUGCAGAGUCCGCCAACGCUGUCCCACCUGCAAGUCCUCGCCUCAGUGCCUCCACCCACAACGCACAACCACAGGAAGACGCUUCAACCAGUACUGGUCCAGCUGUCGAUGCUGAGAGAACAGAAGCUUCCAAUCAGAACGUUCAGUCUGCCCCUGGGGCCUCGGCGUCUGUCCAGCCCUCACACACAGAAGAGGUAGGCGAGGGCGACACAUGCUCUAUCUGCUUUGAGGCAUGGACGACGGCGGGCGAUCACAGACUGUCAGCUCUGCGCUGUGGACACGUCUUCGGCUACACCUGCAUCCAGCGCUGGCUGAAGGCUCAGGGCCCGGCCGGCAAGUGUCCACAGUGUAACAAGAAAGCAAAGAAGUCAGACAUCUUCCUGCUGUACACGCCGAAGCUGAGGGCGCUCGACAAUUCGGAGCAAGAGAGCUUAAAGAAGUCUCUGGAGCAGGAGCAGUCUCUGAGGAGGAAAGCUGAACUGGAGUCAGCUCAGUACAAGCUGAAGCUUCAGGUCGUCACAAACCAGUAUGGACAAGCUCAGCAAGAGCUGCAGGAACUGAAAGCUCUGUUAGCACAGGCCGGUAGGAGCUCCCUCCCGUCCUCUUCCUCCUCCUCUGCGUCAACUUCUCUCCUCCUCGGGCCGACUCAGCGGGCUGAUGGCUCCAGGACGGGCCACUACAGCUUCUCGAAGGCCGUGUUGGUGUCUCAGAACGGAGGAUCCAGAGUUUUAUCGUAUUGUGAACCUCUGAGCUGUCUGCUUGCCUCACAGCUCUCUCAGCAUGCCACGCUGGUGCCUGGUUACGGCGUGAAGAAGGUGAGCGUGGUGAACAUGAAGGCGAGUCAGUACGUCCCCAUCCACAGCAAACAGAUCCGAGGUCUAGCCUUUAACAGACAGAACGACAGUCUGCUGCUGUCUGCUGCUCUGGACAACACCCUCAAACUCACCAGCCUGCUGACCAACACAGUGGUUCAGACGUAUAACGCAGGUAAACCGGUGUGGAGCUGCUGCUGGUGCUUGGACAACAGUAACUACGUCUACGCCGGACUGAACAAUGGCUCCGUGCUCGUCUACGAUACCAGAGACACCAGCACACAUGUGCAGGAGCUGCAGCCCCUGCGCUCCAGGUGUCCGGUUGCAUCUCUGUGCUACAUCCCACGUGCGGCGUCCAGCUCUUUCCCCUGUGGCGGACUGAUUGCCGGAUCUCUGGAGGGUGCGUGUUUCUGGGAGCAGGUCAACGAGACCACAUACAGGCCGCACAUCCUCCCCCUGGAGGCUUCUGGCUGCACUGACAUCCAGGUGGAGACAGAGAGCAGACACUGUCUGGUCACCUACAGGCCAGGGCGCUCUAACCCAUCCCUUCGCUGCGUCCUGAUGGCUCUGAACCGAACGCCUCAGCAGGACUCCAGUCAGCUGCCCAGCUGCUCCUGCUCUCCGGUGCAGACGUUCAAUGCCGGGCCAUCCUGCAAACUGCUCACCAAGAAUGCCGUUUUCAAGAGCCCGGACGGGGAGGGGACGCUAGUCUGUGCCGGGGACGAGGCCUCCAACUCCACCAUUGUGUGGGACGCAGGCAGCGGCUCCCUACUGCAGAAGCUCCCAGCCGACCUUCCUGUGUUGGACAUCAGCCCGUUCACGGUGAACGGCGAGCACUUCCUGGCAUCGCUCACGGAGAAGAUGCUGAAAAUCUACAAGUGGGAGUGAAAGAGGAUGACUUAAUCCGUGUCUGAUCCUCCAACCAGAAACUGAAAAC